AUGGCGCUCAAGCAAACUGCAGUUGAUCACAAGGAGGAAUUUCCGGAAGCCGCAAAUAUCGUCGAAAAAGGGACGUACAUGGACGACAUCCUAACAGGUGCCGAUACGCUAGCUGAAGCAUGCAAGCUCCAACGAGAAGUGUCGGAUCUGCUGGCGAAGGGAUGCUUUGGCGCUCAUAAGUGGUGUGCCAACCACCCCGAUAUUGUGAAAGGUGUUUCUGAAGAGCUACGAGGAAACUCGUUCGUAGUAUCUAACGAAAAUUCGAAGUCGAUCGUGAAGACUCUUGGCAUGACCUGGGAUCCGGUCGACGAUUGGUUUUCUGUAUCGGUUCCGGAAUACGACGUUUUGGAUGAAGUGACUCGUCGCAAGCUUCUAAGCCAGCUGGCCAAGAUUUUCGAUCCGCUGGGCUUCUUCGGCCCCGUGAUUACAACUGCAAAGCUGAUUCUGCGAGGGGUUGGCGAAAUGCAGAUUGAUUGGGACGAGCCAGUCCCUUCUGAAGUGAGAUCCAAGUGGCUAAAUUUUCGCACAGAAAUAGCCGUCCUUAACAAGGUGCGAAUGCCAAGGUGGAUUUCCUGGAAUGGUGCGUUCAAGCUUGAGCUGCAUGGAUUUGCGGACGCCUCCGACGUGGCGUACGGAGCGUGCCUCUAUACACGAGCAGUUUUUCCAGACGGAUCCGCUCAGAUGAAACUGGUUUGCAGUAAAUCCCGCAUUCUACCGAUGAAGAGGGCGAAAACUAAGGCUGUCACGACUCCUCGUGCUGAACUGUUGGCGGCCUUGUUACUCGCCAAGCUGACUGUGAAGUUGCAGGACGCUACGGAAUUAGACUUCGCGUCGACGAAUCUGUGGAGUGAUUCAAAAAUAGUGUUAGCGUGGAUCAGCAAACCACCGAACGUCUUACAUACCUACGUUUCGAAUCGUGUAAGUGAAAUACAAAAACUUACCCCGAAUUGCAGCUGGAAAUAUAUUCCUACGGACGAGAAUCCGGCCGACCUUAUAUCCCGAGGAGAGCGGCCGAAAAAAUUACUCGAGUCUAAGAUGUGGUGGACUGGCCCACCCACAUUCAACGGUUCUGUUGUAGAGAUGACAGAUGUAGUAGCUAUUCCGGAUGAAGAGUUACCGGAAAUGCGUGCUGGCGUAGUACUGGCUGUGACUGCUCUCACCAAAAGAAUGCCAAUGUUUGACAAGAUUAGCGAUUUCACGAAGGUUGUGCGUAGCACAGCCUACCUGGUACGCUUUGCGAUGUUCAUCAUAUCCAGGAAGAAGGAGUUGUUAAAGGGCCCGCUCACUGCUGAAGAAAUAAAGCGGGCAACAAUAGUGAUUGUACGGUUGGUUCAACACGAAACGUUUCAACCAGAGAUUCUCGCCCUGAUGAGCGGCACGGACGCAAAGCAUCGACUCAACGGAUUGAAAGCGUUUUUGGACCCGGAAGACGGCGUGUUACGAGUCGGAGGUCGAAUCAAGCGAGCGUUCAUACCAUACGAUAGUCGACACCAGAUGUUGCUGCCAGCAAAGCACCCGAUCACGGAAGCACUCGUCCGACACCUACAUCUAGAGAACCUUCACAUCGGGCAGAAAGGUCUACUUGCCAUCGUACGACAACGAUUCUGGCCAUUGAACGUGAAAAAUACAAUUCGCAAGGUGAUUCGAAAUUGUAUGGUGUGCUUUAGAGCAAAUCCGUUGAAGACAACUCAGAUGAUGGGUGACUUGCCAUCAUAUCGUAUCCGACCUGCUCCAGCCUUUUCGGACACUGGUGUGGACUACGCUGGGCCUUUUUGGCUUAAGUCAUCGUCUACUGCUCGUAAGCCCUAUAUUACCAAGGCCUACGUGAGUCUCUUUGUGUGUAUGCAAACCCAUGCCAUACAUCUGGAAUUAGUCUCCGACUUGACGACGGCCGCGUUUCUUGCUGCUUUGAGACGAUUCCACAGCCGACGUGGGUAUCCGAAAACAAUGCGCUCUGACAAUGCAACAAACUUUGUCGGAGCCAAGACCGAGUUGCAUGAGCUGUGGCUACUGUUCCAGAACCAAUGUUCUACAGGAAAGAUCGUGAGGUACUGUACCAACAAGGGAAUCGAAUGGUCCUUUAUCCCACCGCGAAGUCCACACUUCGGUGGAAUUUGGGAAGCUGGCGUUAAACAAGUGAAACAUCAUCUCAAGCGUAUUGUCGGUGACCGGAAAUUGACUUUCGAGGAGCUGUAUACUACGCUGACUCAAAUCGAAGCUGUAUUAAACUCUCGACCCUUGGCGCCUAGCUCGGAUGACCCAAACGACUACACAGCUAUAACACCUGCUCACUUCUUGGUAGGCCGCGAGAUGCAAGCCAUUGCUGAACCGUCGUACUUGCAUUUGAAGGAGAACACUUUAUCAAGGUGGCAGCUCGUGCAGACCAUGCUGCAGCACUUCUGGAAACGAUGGACAGCGGAAUACCUGCCGGAACUCCAGACUCGAUCCAAGUGGCUGAAAACGAACGAAAUCAAAGAGGGUUCGCUAGUAUUGCUUGUGGACCAGAACGCACCGCCGCUGCAGUGGCCACUAGGAAGGAUUUCAGCCGUGCACCCCGGACAGGAUAGCGUGACACGUGUCGUUACGGUGAAAACAGCAAAUGGAGGAGAGUUCAAGCGUGCUGUGACGGAGGUCUGUUUGCUGCCAUUUGUCCAUGAGACUUGA